AUGGAGGAAAUCGCAAAGAAGUACGAUGUCAUUGUGCUCGGCACUGGCCUGACCGAGUGCAUUCUGUCAGGUGUCCUGAGUGUCAAGGGCAAGAAGGUCCUGCACAUUGACCGCAACGACCACUACGGAGGUGAGGCUGCUUCCGUGAACCUCGAAACGCUCUUCAGGAAAUAUGGCAACUUCAACAAAGGCGAGGAGCCAUGGAAGAAGUACGGGCGACUGAACGACUGGAACAUCGACCUUGUUCCCAAGUUCCUUAUGUCUUCAGGCGAGCUCACCAACAUUCUGGUGUCCACCGAUGUUACCCGUUAUCUCGAAUUUAAGCAGGUUGCUGGUAGCUACGUCCAGCAGGGUGCCAGCAACAAGGCCACCGUUGCCAAAGUCCCUUCGGACGCUGGCGAGGCUCUUAAGUCCCCUCUUAUGGGUAUCUUCGAGAAGCGCCGCAUGAAGUCUUUCAUCGAGUGGGUUGGAAACUUCAACAUCAACGACCCCGCCACUCACAAGGGACUGGAUAUCCACAACUCCACCAUGAAGGAUGUGUACGACAAGUUCGGCCUCGAGGCUGGCACCAAAGACUUUAUCGGCCACGCCAUGGCUCUGUACCUCUCUGACGAGUAUAUCACCGCUAAGGGCAAGGCACCCGAGGCGAUUGAGAGAAUUCGCCUGUACGGAAACUCCGUGGCUCGCUAUGGCAAGUCCCCUUACAUCUACCCUCUCUACGGCUUGGGAGAGUUGCCUCAGGGAUUCGCCCGUCUAUCUGCUAUCUACGGAGGCACUUACAUGCUCAACACCAACGUUGACGAGGUUAUUUACGAGGGCGGCAAGGCAGCUGGUAUCAAGGCCACCAUGACCGGAGUUGAGGAGUUCAAGUUCGAGACGAGCGCCGACCUGAUCCUGGCCGACCCCUCCUACUUCCCCGACAAGGCCCAGAUCGUUGGACACGUCCUUCGUGCCAUCUGCAUUCUCAAGCACCCUCUGGCCGGCACCAACGACAGUGACUCUGCCCAGCUCAUUAUUCCCCAAUCUCAGGUCGGCCGAAAGAAUGACAUCUACAUUGCUACUGUUUCUUCCGCCCACAACGUCUGCCCCAAGGGCUACUGGAUUGCCAUUGUCUCGACCAUUGCCGAGACAUCUGCCAACCACCACCUUGGGCUCCAGCCCGGUCUUGACCGCCUGGGCGCAAUUGAGGAGCAGUUCUUGGGCGCACCCAUCCCCAUCUACUCACCUCUCGGAUCAGGCAAGGACGACAACAUCUUCCUCUCAAAGAGCUACGAUGCCACCAGCCACUUUGAGACCACAACGGACGAUGUCAAGGAUAUCUUCCAGCGCGCCACCGGCGAGGAGCUGAAGGUUGAGGGCCUGAGAGAGGGUAUCACCGUGGCCGAGGAGUAA